AUGUCCAAAUUAUCCCGGCUCCACGAGCUGCUGAUCGUAAAAAGAGCCGACGGAGAUGGCGUCGCUCGCCCAGUGAACAUGCUGGACAAUGAUUCCAUCCGACCAACCUCCCUCAAGGAUCGCACAUGGACUCAACUGACCUAUAUCAUGUUCUGGUUCUCGGCAACAGCGAACGUCAGUAAUUUAUACACGGCCUCCACGGGCAUGGCCAUGGGACUCACCAUCUGGGAGGCCAUCGGAUGCUCCUUCGGCGGGCAGAUCAUGGCCGGGUGCCUGAUGGCGCUAAACGGGCGGGGUGGGGCGGUGUAUCGCAUCCCCUUCCCGGUGCUUUGCCGCGCCAGUUUUGGCACCUGGGGGGCUUUGUGGCCCACCUUCAACCGCGCGGUCAUGUCCAUUGUAUGGAAUGGUGUCAAUUCAGUUCAAGGUGCUCAAUGCUUAUAUGUUGUUUUACAUGCCAUAUUCCCCUCGAUUGAGAAUAUCCCUGAUAAGAUGGGCUCAAAGUCUGCCCUUACCUCGGCGCAGAUGAUGUGCUUCUUCGUUUAUUGGCUCAUUAAUUGCGCAUUCCUGGUAGUACCAGUCCCAAAAAUGAAGUCGCUGGUGUAUGUCAAAGUUGCAGUCUACUUUGCAGCAGCUUUUGCGAUGCUAGGAUGGACAGUCUCCAUCGCUGGUGGCUCUUUGAAAUCACUGAAUGCGCCUUCAGCCGUCCAAGGCACUGAGAAGAGCUACCUCAUCUUCAAAUUCCUGUUUUUAGGACUCGCCAGUUGUGGAACUUUUAUUUCCAAUGCCUCCGAUCUUCAACGAUAUGCAAGGAAGCCAAAUGAUGUUCUUAUAGGACAAAUCAUUGGCUUCCCACUAUCCAACUUCAUCAUUGCCAUCUUGGGGAAUCUCAUCGCAUCCGCCAGCAAAUCCAUUUUCGGAGAGCUCAUAUGGAAUCCACUGGUCUUCUUGGACAAAUUAAUGGAAGGAGAACGAUACACCCCCGGCAACCGAGCUGCUUGUGCCUUCAUUGGGCUAGCAUUCGUGUAUUCAACAGUCUUCUCGGCCAUUUUUGAAAACUCCAUUCCGGCCGGAAAUGAUAUUGCUGCCCUCAUGCCAAAGUACAUCUCAAUCAAACGAGGCUUUUUCAUCUGUGCAGGUACGAAGACUUCAGUCCAGCGCAAUUACACCAAGUUAAUUUUUCUCUCAAUAGUCUUCUCAUACGCAAUCUGCCCCUGGUAUCUCCUUUCCUCGGCGUCCAUAUUCAUCACUUUCCUCUCCUCUUACCAAAUCUUCCUCUCGGCAAUCACUGGAAUUCUUGUCUGCGACUACUACCUCAUCCGACGGGGCUUGCUCAACAUCCCAGCACUAUACAUCUCAAGUCCAACUCCCUAUCGAUUCUUCCACGGUUUCAAUCCUCGAGCAUUCCUUGCUUAUGUUGUGGCUAUCGCACCUAACUUCUAUGGGUUCCUACAUCAAAUGGGCGUCAAAGCGCCACGAGGAAUUGAGCGGUUCUAUUACAUUGCUUACCCCACUGGUUUAAUCAUUGGCUUUGUCGUCUACUAUCUAAGCUGCUUGGCUUCCAAUCCGCCUGAAAUGCAGAAGUCACCUGGCUGGAUGGAACCAAAAGAUUACGUGGAAGAUGGUGAUCUUGGUGCGAGUCAGGGUCUACCCAUUGACUCUAUAGACGUGACGCCAGGUUUUGCUGAAAAGGGAGAAUUCUCGAUCACUGAAUCGUCCCGCAGGAAGAAUGGCUCUUUCUCGUGA